ACACACAGAUAUAUCCCACAGCACGCACAAGUCCUGAGAAAGCUGACUCCCAACUCCGAUCAACAUGGAGCCGGCCUAUGUCGCCGUCCUCUCUUUCCUCUUCCUCUUCUCAAUCCACUGCCUCCUCGGCCGGCGCAGCAGCAAGAUCAAUGGCAAGAACAAGGGAAUACAGCGGCUGCCACCGAGCCCUCCGGCCAUCCCGGUCCUCGGCCACCUCCACCUCCUCGGGAAGCCGAUCCACGCAGCGCUCGCGCGCCUCGCCGCGCGCUACGGGCCGGUGGUCUCCCUCCGCCUAGGCUCGCGCGACGCCGUUGUCGUGUCCUCGGCGGAGUGCGCGAGGGAGUGCUUCACCGAGCACGACGUGUGCUUCGCGAACCGCCCGCGCUUCCCCUCGCUGCUGCUCGUGUCCUUCGACGGCGCCACGCUCCCGAUGUGCGGCUACGGCCCGUACUGGCGCAACCUCCGCCGCGUCGCCACGGUGCAGCUCCUGUCCGCACACCGCGUGAGCUGUAUGCUCCCCACCAUCUCCGCCGAGGUGCGCGCGAUGGUGCGGAGGAUGUACCGCGCCGCCGCAGCCGCCCCCGGGGGCGCCGCGAGGGUCGAGCUGAAGCGGAGGCUGUUCGAACUCUCCCUCAGCGCCCUGAUGGAGACCAUUGCGCAGACGAAGACGUCCCGCGCCGAGGCGGACGCCGACACGGACAUGUCACCGGAGUCCCAGGAGUUCAAGAAGGCGCUGGACGAGUUCAUUCCGCUUAUCGGCGCGGCCAAUGUGUGGGACUACCUGCCGGUGCUACGGUGGUUCGACGUGUUCGGCAUGAGAAAGAAGAUCGUGGCCGCGGUGAGCAAGAGGGACGCGUUCCUGCGACGGCUUAUUGACGCGGAGCGCCGGAGGCUGGACGUCGACGGCGGGGAAGGCGAGAAUAAGAGCAUGAUUGCCGUGCUGCUCUCUAUGCAGAAGUCAGAGCCGGAGGUAUACACAGAUACCACAAUCAUGGCUCUGUGCUCGAGCAUGUUCACUGGGGGAUCGGAGACCACGGCGACGACGGCCGAAUGGGCGAUGUCUCUGCUGCUAAACCACCCGGAGGUCCUGAAGAGAGCGCAGGCGGAGAUGGACGCAUCCGUGGGGAACUCCCGCCUGGUCGGCCCCGACGACGUGCCGCGCCUCGGCUACCUCCAGUGCAUCCUCAGCGAGACCCUCCGCCUGUACCCGGCCGUCCCGACGCUGGUCCCGCACGAGUCCACCGCGGACUGCACGGUCGGUGGCCACCACGUGCCGAGCGGCACGAUGCUGCUCGUCAACGCGUACGCCAUCCACAGGGCCCCCGCGGCGUGGGCGGACCCGGCCGCGUUCAGGCCGGAGCGGUUCGAGGACGGCAGCGCCGAAGGGCGGCUCUUGAUGCCGUUCGGGAUGGGGCGGCGCAAGUGUCCCGGGGAGACGCUCGCGCUGCGGACGCUGGGGCUGGUCCUGGGGACGUUGAUCCAGUGCUUCGACUGGGACACCGUCGGCGGCGCCAAGGUCAACAUGACUGAAGGGGGUGGGAUCACCCUCCCCAAGGCCGUUCCUCUAGAGGCCAUGUGCAAGCCGCGCCAAGCUAUGCUUGAUGUCCUUCAGGGGCUGUGAUCUAGCGCCUUUUGGCCAUCAAGUUAAGUUACUCUGCAUGAACGGGCCAGGUGAAAGCUUGAUAAGAUAUUGACUUGUUGUUAAGGUUGCAGGCUAUGUGGAAUAAGCAACCUUCUUUUUUUAAUAA